AUGUCCCUUGCUGUGGGCUUUCUGGGUAAGGCAGAAGACGAUGGCUCGCAACUGCAUGUGAUCCUGGAAGGGUUGAAUUUGCCCUGUGUGGCUGGGUGGUUUGAGUCUACGAAUCCAGUCGUCUCGUUUGCUUCGUGUACUGGCAACAAGAGUGGUCCUGUGGAAUGGACGACAGUGUACACUUCCGAAACGAUUCCAGACUUGAAGGAAGGUGCUCGUCCACGAUGGAAACAGGCCGUCAUUCCGCUCUUUCAACUCUGCGAGAAUGAUACCCAUCGACCCAUUCGAAUUCGGGUCUAUUCCAAACCCGAUAUCAGCAAAAGUACAGACAAGAACAAAAUCAGCUUGCCCAUUUCCAUGGGGUAUCUGGACACCACGGUCGACAAUAUCCUUCAAGUUUCCGGAGAUCCUGACAUGACCGCCAAGCUACUGCCCGACUCUUCCAGUGGCACUAGUGAUACCAUUACCGAUUUUGGCUCGUUGAUUGUCCGACAUGCCCGCAUUCAAAAACCAAAGAGCGCCGACCUUUCCGUCAAGAGUGAAUGGCGCAAAUCCUACUCAAGAAUGAGUUGGAAUGCCAAGGGUCAAUCAUUGGCACAACAACCAAACAGCAGCAGUGCCAGUGCAGCUGCCGCCAGGGAGUCGGAUGUCAGCAUGAGCAGCAGUGUGUGGCACGCUGGUACCACCCUCAAUACUACUACAGACAUUCCAUCUUCUGUCAUGCCCCCCAUUGUCAUUCCAGACGAUCUGCUGAAUGAAAAUGCCUUGUUGGAAUUGACCUUGGAAGCAGAUCUGGUACAUGCAGGUGCUUCCAUUCGCAGUCAUUCCAACAGUAUCAAUGGAGACCAACUCACUACCUUGAUGGAAAAUGUAGUGGGGGGAUGGGCAGGGGCUGAACAAAAAGACAAGCAAUCACACGACGAUGAUACAAGUGAAGAAGAGGAGGAGGAAGACAUGGACAUGGGGAGUGAUGCCGGUUGGUUCCAGGCCACAACAGCACAUUUGGGGACACUGCUGGGGGCAACCAAUCCAUACUUUCAAGUAUCCACAAUCCGUAGUCCACAACAUCAUCAUCAUCAAGCGGCAGCAGAUGACGAUAGCAUUUCCAUCUUGACCACCGCAUCCUCCAACACACAAUCCACCAACAAAUGGCAACAACAAGUCUAUCGCAGUGAAGCACUCGAGGAUUGCGUCACACCCGUAUGGAAGUCGGCCAAGAUCCCACUCUACCUGCUAUGUGGAGGAGACUUGCAGCGAAAGUUUCGUAUUUACAUCUUUAGCAAGCGAGACGAUAACAACAUUUUGGCAGCAGCAACCACGGGUCCUCCUGUCCCCAUGGGAUAUUUUGAUACCUCCGUCAUGGAAUUGAAACGGGCUGCCAAACACCCCGAAGACGUCUUUUUCAUUCCCAAAUCAAAAGAUGGGACGAAGCACUACGGGACGGUUCGAGUGAUCCAUGCAACAUUACCCGAGGACCUGGAUGUUUCGAUCAGCAGCAGUAGCAGUGAAGAUGAUGACAACGAACAAGUCCUACUAGCACCAACAGACAACGAUGAUAUGCUACAGCAAACGAACCAACUGAAUGCUACGGACCAAUCGUUGUUUCGUAUACCCAGCGGCGAUGGCCAGGAUGAGGACGGUGACGACGACAAUAAUUCACUCAUUUCCGAUAUUACAGGUCACGUCGUGGAAGUGACGACAUCGCUGUCGGGGGUCAUGGAAGAGUGGGGACUGGGAAUGGGAGAAUCAGAAACGGGGACGGAUACUGGGAGGGCCAAGGGGUGGGCAGAACAGGGGCAUGACAUGCAGCAUGGGCUUGCGACUGGUCUAACUACAAUAAUCAACAGCAUGUCCGCGGAGUCCCAAGAAUUGGACGGGACAAUUCGUUGCGCCAAUUUACGAUCUACCUUUGGAUCUCCCCAACAAGAGAGCGCUGACGAGGCGUCCGCAGAGGGGCAAGGCUCAGAUGGUGGAUCCUCUCGCGACAUGGACACUGGCCCGCAAGAAGAACCGCUUGCCAAGUUGCAGAAUAUCUUCAUGAGCGCGUUGCAGGGAAACUUCCCAGGCGAUGGCGAUGAACCAGGCAAGAGUCGUGAGAAUCAGGAUGACGAUGGUAGUCGUGCCGACCUAGCGUCGCGACACUCAAAAUCAGCCGAAAGUGUGUUCACGAACGCCAGCAGCCUAUUGCCAGAUGUUGCCAAUAGGUUCUUGCAAAUCAUUCAAAUGAAGGAAGAGCCUGAUGAACCCAAGGCCAGUGACAUUAAUCCUGAGAUUUUGCCCAUGGAAAUUCAAAUCCCCUCAACAGUCGAACGCGAUCCAAAAGGACCUCCAAUGCUCUUCCUGACCCUGAGAGGGAAAGGCCUCAAGUACAUCGGACGGACCACAGGGUCUUCGGAUAUGAAUCCACUGUUUCAGAUUUCAGCAUCCAACGGGAAAUCAAUGGAUCAAGUAUAUCGUUCAGAGCACAUCCCGAAGUCAUUAAACCCGAAAUGGAGAGAAGCAGCGAUUGAUAUUGAGGCAAUAUGCGGCGGGGACCUGAAAAGGCCCUUACGAGUUUCGGUCUACAGCUUGCAAGCAGGGACCCGUCGAUCCCCUUUGGGUUUCUUUUCCACCAACGUUGCCGAGCUUCUGAAAAGUGCUGUCCACGGCGGCAAGUCACCAAAAUCAUUCGGUUCGGGCUUUGGCAGCAUCAUCGUUAUGAAAGCGGAGAUUUUUCCUUCCCUGCACUCCGCGAAUGCGAAGAAGUCGGGCAUUUCUGAUGAACAGCAAGAGCCAGCAAAAUCGGAAAAAAAUCUUGACAUGCAGUCUUCGCCGAAUGAAAGCGAAAUCGUCAGCAUCGUGCAAUCUGAAAGUCUUCACAAAACCAAUCCAACUGCUGGGUUCCCGUGUGACGAAUCUACAGCACAAGAAACAAAAUUGCAUUCGGGAACAGUCAACCAAAUCCAGCCGCCACCUAGUCUCCACGUAUCGUCUAAUGUGGGCGAAGAGGCCAUCGCACAGAGCACUUCAACUCAGACAAAGGAAGACAGCGAUCCCGCCGUGGUCGAGAAUGCAGAAGUGCGCAAUCAGCAUCUGCCUGAGAAGAGGGCACCGCGGCAAGACCAAGUUCGGUGUCCUUAG